CUGCUGGUGUCGCCAUGGUGACGGGGUUGUUCCCGGGGAGGCUGUGAUCGGUUGACAGGUGUGUGACAAUCGGAGCUUUCUGCAAGCAUGUACGCCAAAGGCAAGAGUAACAGCGUACCGUCCGACAGCCAGGCCAGGGAGAAAUUAGCGCUGUAUGUAUAUGAAUACCUUCUACACGUGGGAGCACAGAAGUCAGCCCAGACAUUUCUGUCAGAGAUAAGAUGGGAAAAAAACAUUACAUUGGGUGAACCCCCAGGAUUUCUCCAUUCUUGGUGGUGUGUAUUUUGGGAUCUGUAUUGUGCUGCUCCAGAGAGACGGGAAACCUGUGAACAUUCAAGUGAAGCAAAAGCCUUUCAUGACUACAGUGCUGCGGCUGCGCCCAGUCCCGUACUAGGAAAUAUGCCCCCAGGGGAUGGAAUGCCAGUGGGCCCGGUUCCUCCUGGAUUCUUUCAGCCUUUCAUGUCUCCUCGUUAUCCAGGUGGUCCACGGCCCCCCUUAAGAAUACCUAAUCAGGGACUCGGGGGUGUUCCUGGAAGCCAGACGUUACUUCCCAGUGGGAUGGACCCUUCAAGACAGCAAGGUCAUCCAAAUAUGGGUGGGCCAAUGCAGAGAAUGAGCGGCCCCAGGGGAAUGGUUCCUCUUGGUCCACAGAGCUACGGAGGAGGAAUGCGACCACCUCUCAAUGCUCUUGGUGGUCCAGGAAUGCCUGGAAUGAACAUGGGACCUGGAGGUGGAAGACCGUGGCCCAACCCUGGCAAUGCUAAUUCAAUACCUUACUCAUCUGCAUCUCCUGGGAAUUAUGUAGGUCCUCCUGGUGGUGGUGGUCCGCCUGGCACACCUAUUAUGCCCAGCCCUGCAGAUUCUACAAACUCUGGAGACAAUAUGUACACAUUAAUGAAUGCAGUACCUCCUGGCGCCAGCAGACCUAAUUUUCCCAUGGGCCCUGGAUCAGAUGGUCCAAUGAGUGCAUUAGGGGGAAUGGAACCGCACCAUAUAAAUGGCUCAUUAGGCUCAGGGGACAUGGACAGUAUUUCCAAGAACUCUCCAAACAACAUGAGUCUGAGUAACCAGCCAGGCACGCCAAGAGAUGACGGUGAAAUGGGUGGAAAUUUCUUAAACCCCUUCCAGAGUGAAAGUGAAACGUUUGUGGUGCGGAGGGACAACAAAUAUUUCUAUUUAUAGGUAUUCCCCCAGCAUGACAAUGAGUGUGUGAUUCAUCAUCUUCUCUCAAUCUGAAGAACGCAGUGAGUUAGCCCUCUUCACAGAUCUGCCACCGAGGACAACUAUCCACCACCCGUACUGUUUAACUUAAGGAUCUUUUUUGUUGCCAUUUGCCCUGUUUGUGAAGAAGCGGGUCCAAACUCUAGCAACUGUCAAGAGUGGCAUAUGUAAGAUUUGCCCUAAGCCGAACUGCAACUUAUCAUCUGUACAUAUAUAUAUAAAUAUAUAUAUAAAUAUAUAUAUAUUCCCACAGGACAUUGUAAAAGGAUAUUAUCACAUGCCAUCUUAAGUAGCAAGACAUAGAGACUUUUGUUCCAUCAUAUUUGUUUUAUUUUUUUCACGUUUACAGUUUGAAUUCUAAAUUGUCGCAUUUUCUCUCUGAACUAUUUUGUGCUGUGUAUAUCACUGCUUAAUAAGUUAUUUUUUAAGGUAAACUCAAAUGUUGUUCUGGUUUUUGUAAAUGUCUGCAAUCAUGGAUAGGAAUAAAAUGCUUAUGAGUGCUUUUAUUAAAUUGCUUUUGAUACAAGUUAUCCUAUGAAUAACUGACUGAUGGGAUGGGGGAAAAAAUCAAAUAUGUCACUUGAGAGACUUGUGUAAAGGUGAAAUUUUGUAUAUAAAUCCUAAAAAAUUCAUGAAUGGCGCGGGACUUGAUUAUUUUAGUAUUUGCAAGACAAAAAAAAACUUUUUUUUUUUUUUUUUAAAUCCAUUGAAGUCAUUGAUAUGAGGAAUUUAGGAACAAGCCCAAAUAAACUGAGUUAUUUUCUAAAAAAUGAUGGUGUAAAACCCUGUACGAACCAUCAGUGAAAACAUAAGAUGCAAUUAAUAUGGAAACGUGUACAAGUUAUAUACAGAUGGCAGCCUACAGAUUAUCUCUAGUGAAUGGAUGUGGACAAUUUUUACAGUGAUGUUUUUCUGUAGGAUACAUACAAACUGGCAUUCACACACUUCUACGAAAAGCAUUAACACCACUGAAUUGGUAACCUAUUUGUAUUGCAUUUUCUGAUGUAUUAAUAAGGAGGUAUGUAAUAGAAGAGCUAUUAUACUUGGCUCUUUGGUAACUGUCUGUUUUAUCUUUGCUCUGUUGGGCAUGUUGGACUCAACAUUCAACCUCUCUGAUAAUAUCUGAUGCCUGUGUCCCCUGCUCCAUCUAUUGACCUCUGACUGUUGUGUCCUGCAGUGACGUAGGGGGCCAGAGGAUGGAACCACAGUGCAUGGUGGGGGAACACAGACAUCCAACACUCUUAGAAAUGUGCAAUGCUGAAGAGUCUGAUGGAGUCUACAAUGCUUGGACUAGUCAUAAGAUGUGGGCAUGGGCCACCAAAGAGUUAAAUGUAUUACCUCUUACAAUAAAGGGUUCUGCUUUGGAAGGUUAUUGGGGGCUUUAAAUUCAAUUCCAUCCAAAACUUUUUUUUUUUUUAAGUUUUGGCUAGCAAGGGGAAGGAUUAGAACUAUUGUGAUAUCAGGGAGUCCACUGGGGGAGAUUUUUUUCUCACGUAAUGUCCCAGUUUUAUCAGACAGGAAGUAUACAAUAAUCUACAACAGGGAUACCAGUAAAAACUAAUUCCAAUCCUUCCCCAUUCUAUUCAUAAUUAAAAAUAAAAAGUUUUGGCUGAGGAUACGCUUUAAAUGUGUUCAUCUGCAGUUUAUCAAACUUGUAUAGUAAAUCCUAUAUUUUGCGAGUGCCUUUCAUAUGCCCUGUUGAACGCACAUUCUUUAUUGGCAAGGUAAGUGCAAUAAAAUCUAACAAACCACAUACUGUAGAUAUGUGUGAAAUGAACAGCAGUGUGCAAGUAUCCUUACAUGAAUUAGUCUGUUGUGUUCUCAUGAUAGUAAUGUGUGUAUAGAGUCUGUCUGUCUCUAGUGACAGCUGGCUAUAGACCUUAUACGGCCAUUUGAAGCAAUGCAACUAAAAAUGUUUUUCUAAAAACAAAUAUACAUUACAUGUACCCAUAUGCUUCUAUUUUACAAAUGUGCAUGUAUCAAUCCUUCUCCCCCAUGCCUAAAAAAACAAGCUAUACAUAUUACCCCUACCAGAGAUCUGAAUGAACAUCGUGGUCUGUGCCCAAUCCUGGCAAAAUUGUUAGGUCGCAGUGGCACUGACAUUCAAUUGCUGUACAUGGGAAAAGUAUAAUGAUGUGUAUGCUCCACCACAUGUAAAGAAAACACCAGUGUGACACUGAUCAUUUAAUUGCAGAAUGAACUUAUAUUUCACUGGAAACGGUCCAGGUAUUUUUAAAUGCAGAAAAUAAUUUGUAAGCUCAGUAAGGGUUGAUUUUGAUUUUGCUUUUGCCUGUUCCUACAGCAAUUUCUAAAAUUUGACACGGGAUGUUGCAAUGUCAAAGUAAAGUGUUAAAAAAA